AUGAGUUGGAGGAGAGUUUUCAAGUCUCUCCAAGUUGUUGUAGCUCAUGGAUUGCUUCUCCUCUUCACUAUUAUUCUAUCUCUCAAGCUUCAUCAUGCUCUUAACUAUUCUUGGUGGUUGAUAUUUUCGCCGCUUUGGUUAUUCCAUGCGGUCGUGGCAAGAGGCAGAUUCUCGUUGCCUGCCCCAUCUAUGCCUCAUGGCCGCUAUUGGGCACCAUUUCAUGCCAUUGUGGCUACCCCAUUGCUUGUUGCAUUUGAACUUCUCCUUUGUGUACAUCUUGAGAAAAGUUAUGCUGUAAAUUUGAAGAUUGUAUUUUUGCCUCUGAUUGCACUAGAAAUUGCAAUUCUGGUUGAUAACAUUAGGAUGUGUAGGGCUCUUAUGCCUGGAGAAGAAGAAAAUAUCACUGAUGAAGCAAUAUGGGAAACUCUUCCUCAUUUCUGGGUCUCAAUUUCAAUGGUCUUUUUCAUUGCUGCAACAACAUUUACGCUUCUGAAGCUAUGCGGCGACGUAGCCGCUCUUGGUUGGUGGGAUCUAUUCAUCAAUUAUGGUGUUGCUGAGUGCUUUGCCUUUCUCAUUUGUACAAAGUGGUACAAUCCUGCAAUUCAUAGACGCCCGCAUCUAACAGCAGCAUCUUCAUCCUCAACGAGUUUCAGACACCUUAGCUGGAACAAUGGGUUUUUGGUAUCUACAAUAGAAGAUCAUCAAGAUAAUAGAAUAUGUAGCUUGCAGGACAUUGGCGGUCAUGUCAUGAAGAUCCCAUUUGUCGGUUUCCAGGUCAUGCUGUUCAUGUAUUUGGAGGGAACUCCGCCAGGUGCAAAGUAUAUUCCAAUUCCACUUUUGUUUUCUCCUCUUUUGCUACUGCAAGGAGCCGGGUUCUUGUUUGCAAUAUAUAGGCUUUGUGAGAAAAUCAACCUCUUACUACAUGAUGAUGUUGAUACCGGAAGCACUUUUAGACUACCCGCAUCUACUUAUGAUUAUAUGGGGUUUUUGCGUCGUGGAUCGAGGUUACUCGGCUGGUGGUCAAUUGAUGAAGGAAGUCGAGAGGAGCAAGCUCGCCUGUAUUCUGCAUGUGAAUCUGGGUACAACACGUUUUCACCAGAUACUGUGAGGAAAAUGCCGAAGGCUGAACUUGUGAAGGAGAUAUGGAGGCUCCAAUCGGCACUUGUCUCCCAAACGGAGAUCACAAAUAUCAGCCAAGAGGAGUUUGAAAGGCUUCAAAAUGAAAAAAUCCUGUGCCGAGUAUGCUUUGACGAGCACAUAAAUGUAGUUUUGCUGCCUUGUAGGCAUUAUGUUCUUUGCAGCUCGUGUUGUGAAAAGUGCAAGAGAUGCCCAAUCUGCCGUGUAUACGUUGAAGAACGAUUGCUCGUGUAUGAUGAUGUAUGA